UGAGGGCGUAGAGCUCUCUGGUUUGAUGAGAGUUCAGUUCCUCUCCGGUACUAGAUCAGAUCACAUCUCACACUCUCACACCAGCGUUAAGGUUUCCAACACCCGGCUACAAUCAAACCCCGCGAGUCUUGAAUUAGAUUUAUUAAAAUGAUUUCAUAUUUUUAGUGAUAAAUCAAGCUCUCUAUUCGAUUCUAAGCAAUUUAUUCUGGUAAUAUUUGUUUUUCAUUUUUAAGAUUAAAUCUUUUAAAAAAUUAUAUUUGAGAAUGAUGAAUAAAUAGUGAUUAAAACUACCUAAAAAUGUACACACGAAGAGGAUCUUUUAACCUGUCAGAUUCACAAAAUGAUUCAAGUUUCUCAUCCGGAAGUAGUUACGGCCGGUCAACCGGGCGAAGAUACAGAACUCCCCCUUCCCUCCCCACGCCAGUAUAUGAUGAUGAUACAUCAGAUUGCUACUGUAGGGUCUCAUCAAUUAUAAAGGCUGCAUUGUUCCUUGUACUGGUGGCUGGUGGUGCAGGAGGUUUAGCGUACUGGUUUAUCAACUACCGAGGGGGAGAUGUAGAUUCUAAUAACAGUACUGACCCUGGCCCUACUUUAGACAGUCUUAGGGUGGGAGAUGAGGAAUUCGUUUAUAGUAAUAUUAUAAAGAACGAUCUGCCCCCUCAAAUUAGGGACCAACUGCGAGGUGUUCUUGAAAUAUUUGAUGGUGGGGACCAUGUUGAUCAGAUCACUUCAAGACAACAUAAACUUGGGAUUCCAGACGAUCAAGAUCAUUCUGAAAUCAGUGAUCAUGAUAAUGUGAUCGGAGAUAUUGAUGAUAAUCCUAUAAAUCAAAGCUUUGAGAACUAUCGUGACGGUCGGACAGGAAAAACCAGAACAACAACACAAAAAACUUCUGAAAUAUCAACAACAACAACAACCUCAGAGGAGUAUCAACCAACAACCAUUAAAAACACAACAGCAUUCAACAACCUAGUAGAAAAUGUUGCAAUUCAAGAAACAUCUGAUUACGCAACAACAACUGAUUCAUUGUCAACUCCUGGUUUUGAAAUUAAUACCGAUUAUUUGGCAACAACCGUUGAUUCCGUUGCAGCUGCUGAUUCCGUAGCAACCGCUGAUUCCAUGUCAACAGAUAAUUCGUUGACAACAGCCAAUUCCGUGAUAGCAGUUGAUUCCUUGACACCAACCAACGAUUCCUUGACUACAACCGCCUAUUCUUCUUCGACCAACACUGAUUCCAACACCGCUGAUUCCAACACCGCUGAUUCCACCACCGCUGAUUCAACCACCGCUGAUUCCACCACCGAUUCAGAUAUAGAAACUGAACUGAUCAGCCAAUUAUCAGACGAGCUUGCGACAACUAAACGAUCUAUUAAACCAGUCACUGAAGAAACAACAAUAAACGAUGAAGUUGCGAUUACUGAAAAUGAUCCAACAACCAUUACAACUACUACUAGUGAGGAAAGCACAGAUGGUGCUAUAUCAACGGAAGCGGAAACGAAAUCGGAAAGAACGACAGGAAAGUUCGAGUUUAAACCUAGAAACCCGGGAAUAAGAACCUACACUGUUAAUCCAUCUGUUCAAACAGGUUAG